UUUGUGUUGCUGACGAGUCGCUGAUCGAGGUGUCUCGUUGGACAUCGAGACCGUGUGGUUUUAGGGAUAAUAUUCCAGGAAUAAUAGGAGCAAGUAGUUUGAAUCAAAUAAUAGACAGAAAUAAGGAGCAAAGCCUAUCGGUUUUACUGUUGUUUGAUGAAAUGGUUCUCCAAACUUAUGUAAAACCUGGAUAAGGGAUAUACGCUAUGAGACCGCAUUCACAGAAGCCGCUGCAGUGUUACAAUUGUAAAAAGUUUGGAUACUUGGCAAGUGUUUGUCGAAUGAAUAAAUAUGUAGUAGUUGAAGAGUCGGAUGAAACAUGCUGUAAUUGUGAUGGGAAUCAUGUUCCAGAGUUCUUGGAGUGCCCUGUAAGGAUGAAGGAGGUCGCAGUAACUAGGAUCAGGGCCGUCCAGCAGAUAUUAUAUGUAGAGGCAGUGAAACUAGCUGGAGUGAGUAGAUGGUAGUGGAUGUCCCACAGUCUGCAGUGAAUGCCAUGCAGAAUGAUCCCCACACACUAAUAGUGAAGAAGAUGAAAUGUGUUGCGUGUAUAGCGCAAGUGAUACAUUUCAGAAGUCAAACUAAAAAAAUCUAAGAAGCUAGACAUCAUUGUGAAGGGGGCCAAUAGAUUUAUGGAUCUCCAGGACUUUACAGCCAAAAUGUUACAGGGAGUACUGAAUGAAGAGGUUCCCCCUCCCAUGUUCCUGAGCCUGUGUGGGGAUCUGAAUAUUUAAAUCCGACUGGAGUAGUUUUUUGUUUGAAAUUCAGGGUAGUAGCGUGAAUUUGGUUAGUGUUUUUUGAUAAUAAGUAUGAAUUUGUUCAUCCAAAACAUAAUUUUCUUUGGGGGGUAUUUUUUUUACUACCCCGUACAGUAGGUGGCGCAAUACACAUUAUGAGUGUAGUCGGCCAAUAAACUUCGAAGAAGACGCUGAUCGAGACGCUAGUAUGAAUAAGCAAGACCUAGCAAGAAUAAUGCCGCCACUGUCUGUUUACAUUUUAGUGAUGCUACACUAAAUGCACGGGCUUCUAUACUUAUACAUACAUUUUUUUCUUCUACAGUUCGUCCAUUAACUUAUUCUGAGGGAAUUUCUGUUCCCGAAAAUGGCAAAUUCCGUUGCCCUUCACACUCAACUAGCGUCCAUCAUGGAGGUUUUGGCCAACGCGGCCGUGGCUGAAAUCUGCGAGCUUGUUGACAAUGGCUAUGCGGUCCUGCAUUCCGAGAUAUCUCGAGGGCAGAAGGAGAAUGAAGCUUUGAGGAGAAAACUACGGCUGAUGGACCUGAAAGUGUCUCGUGCAAGUACUCUGAGAGCGGGAAUGGGGAGCUCCAUCCUCGCGCACAGUUGCUCUCGAGCUCACCUUGGCAUGGAAUCGAAAAUAACAUCAAGCUGCGAUAUACAAUGUCUGAGAGCAGUUGAUUCCCAGUUGGUCACCAGCCUGUUUAGGGAGGGAAAGUCUUCAGGUGACACUGGACAGACUACCACACAGAGAAAGCCUGCAGCAUUCGAUGAUAUAAAGCCCAAAUCACCUACCAUCAAAGAGGAGAGGCAGGAAGAAGCCUGGGAGAAUCAUGACCAACAAGAGAGACAGAGCACCGAAGCUUUAAAUCAUGUUGAUGGAGGAGAAAUGCAUUCCAGCAUCGAUACAGAGGCUGCUCAACCAAUCAGUAAACAGGAGAACACCAGCUCUUGUAUGUGGGUGAGUGGUGAAACCGACAACUGCAGCCUCUUGCCAGAAUCAAUUAAAAACCUGAGUGUGAACAAAAUAUCUCAAAACCCACGAUUGGGAAAUGGUGAUGGAAUACCUGACCAUGUUGGCUUUGAUUGUAUGCUGUUUGACCUCCCCAGACAACUUGGGACCUUUAGCACACAGGGUCAUGGGACUGAUCUUCCUGACUGCUCUUACUCUCGUGUGGAUGUCGUACCUAUUCACUCUGAUUCAGAGAAUGGUCUUCCCUAUGUGAUGAACAAGCUGAGUUGCCCCAUAACUGAGCACAAACAACCUGUAGGUUACAGAGACAAUAGACAGAUGGCAUCAUUGCCCUCAGAUGAGCCUCACAUGACUGUACGAAAAGGCAUGGAUACUGGAUCCAAUGCUUUGUUGAUGAAGGAUGGUUUGGUCACCCAUGACCGUCAUAAUAACGGCGCUGCAAGUUACACCACUGACUGCACAGCAGGUAAGCUGUUAAUUUGUAGUUUCUGUGGUAAGACUUUGGCUUGUCUGCAGACCCUCAAGACACACCUGAGGGUUCACACCGGGGAGAAGCCGUUCAGCUGCAUGAAGUGCGGGAAGUGCUUCUCCGAUUCCAGCAACUUCAAGCGACACCAGAGCGUUCACACGGGGGAGAGACGCUACGGCUGCAGCCACUGCGGCAAACGCUUUGCCCAGUCAGGCUCACUCAAAGACCACCUGAAGGUACACACAGGAUGCAAGCAGUUCAGAUGCCCACAGUGUGGAAAGACUUUCAUAUCGGCCAAUCACCUCAAGAGACACGUUAUUGUCCACAAUGGAGAAAGACUUUUACCAACAACUUUUCAAUGAAUGAAAGCAUGCCGAAACAUGCUUCAACCAGCUUGAACAAAAAAGGAAUCUGGUGCUCGACUGAGGGACUAGAUAAUCCAAAAAGUAUUCCAUACACUUUUUAAUUAGUGUUUUUGUAACUACAGUACCAGUCCAAAUUUUGGACACACCUACUCAUUCAAGGGUUUUUCUUUUAUUUUUACUUUUUUCUACAUUUAUAGAAUAAUAGUGUAGACAUCAAAACUGACAUAACAUAUGGAAUCAUGUAGUAA